UAUCUAAUCUCCGUCCCAUUCGCAGCAUGCUGAUCACAUAAUCCAUGCAUUUACUCGAAAAAGUAGUAAUUAUUCGUCAGUUUAUCCGCUCGAUUGAUCCCAUGAAGAAAACCCAUCUCGAUCUAUGACCAUUCAACACAGUCAUGACCGAACAACGAAUCCAUUCUUUGGUCAAUCUGAUCCAGUCAGAUCAAAACACCGAUGAAUUGUGUACUUCUUUCGUUCAAGACUUGAACAACACCGAAUUAUCAAUUCUACAGCUAGUUGAAAACUUCGAAUGUCUACUAACUAGCACAGAUAUCGUUUUACGACGAGGAGGAUGCGAAUUCUUGAGCCAUGUACUCUCCGAGCUUCCCUCGAAUCAUCUCACUUCUCAGGAGAUAGAAUUGCUGGCGAGUUUUUACUGCGAUCGUUUGUUAGAUCAUCAUUCCAUAACUCCGGCUGUUCUAAAAGCUUACGCAGCUUUGCUUAAAAUGAAACACUUGCCAGAUGGUAUAGCUUCGAAAAUAUUCACUACUAUGAAUCUACAUUUCGUUUGCCAGUCUCAGCCGCAGCCAGAUCGAUUACUAUGUUACGAUAUAUUCAACACAAUGAUGCUAGUCAAACCAACUGAAUUACAAGCCCUGGGUCCGGAUUUCGUUUGUGGAUGUUUGGCAGCAGUCGAUAGCGAAAGAGAUCCUCGUAAUUUGAUGUUCUUGUUCACAAAUCUACCUCAUUUUUUCCGUACCUUUCCUCCUGGUCAUUUGAUGGAAGAUGCUUUCGAUGCGGUUUCGUGUUACUUUCCGAUUGAUUUCAGAGCGAAUCCCAACGAUCCGAGAGGAAUAGCCAGACAAGAUUUAGCCAACGCUUUACUACCUUGUUUAACUGCGAUUCCAGAAUUCGCUGUUUAUGCUGUGCCAUUAGCCCUGGAAAAAUUAACAUCCGAUUUACAAGUUGCCAAAACUGAUUCUAUCGUUCUACUGAAAGAAUGUUUCAAUAAGUUCUCGAAAGAAGAAAUGCUCCCUCAGAUUGCUUCUAUUAUGCCUGUACUGUUACAAGAGCUUAGACUAGAAGUGGCCAAAGAUGACCUUGUCGCGUUGAUUGCUGAUCUUAUCAUUUGCAUCGUUAAAUACCUCAUUAGAUUAGAGAAAACCGAAGAUACAUCGAAGAUACUCAGUGAUAUUUAUGGCUGUGUGCAACAUUAUUUAAAUGAUAUCCAUCUGAAUUUAUUUCAUCAAGCUAUCAAGUUCCUGGCUUUUAUUUCAUCAGCUGAUCAUUUGUCCAGCUCUUUCAUCGUAACGAAGGUUAUUCCAAAAGUACUAAAUGCCCGAGUUAGUUUACCUCAACAUUCGAUAAUGCAAUUAACAUCUUUGAAAUCAAUCCUAUCUUCGUGUAUUACUUUCAACAUACGAUGCAAUGAAAUACCAGAACUUAGUGAAGUUUGGAACGAAGUGCCUAAAUUAUUUUUGAAACAAUGCGAAAGUGAUAACGUUGAAGUAAAAGCAAUAGCUAUUCAAGCAACUACUGCGAUUCUGAGGUUGUUUAACGAUGACGAAAGAAAGUUUUUCUACGAUAUUCUAUGUAAGAGCAUAUUACUCGAAGAGGAUGCAAGUUUAAGUCACAAAUGUAUCAUGUGUUUGAAAGAAAUCGCCCAAGUGAAUCCUCAAGAAGCACAUGGGGUUUUAGUCAACCAACUGAACUCUUUGAAUGAUCAACAAAAUGAAAAACAAAAACGUAUAUUCAAUUGUUACUGCAUCCUCGGUACAGUUCCUGGUUUUCUGAGUUACUUAGAUAAUGCGAUUAAAACUCAUAUAAAUAACCGUUCGAUCGAUAACGCUACUUUUUUGAUCGAAUCUUUAAAGAAUGCAGUUUACAUGGAGAGACAAAACGUCUCGUUUCUGACCGCUUUACAUCGUGAAAUCAACGUAACCGAAUAUUUAUUGAACUGGUGGCACGAAGGAUGCAACGCCAUCGAAGACGACAGCGUUAGCUUAUUCGAUAACGAACAAAUCGCUUUAAAUUUACAAUUCAUCAUUAGCAUUAUUCUCAGGCAAUUGAAUCAAGAAUCGCAGAAACAAAUCGCUGAACAAUACAUCCAGUUGACUUUGGAUUACAGUAAAAAGUUCAUGAGCUCGUUCGCUUAUUUGAACACGAACAACGAUCUAGAUACUCCUAAAGUUCAUUGUUCGCUUUCGAUCAUCACAUUUGAAAGUAUCGUUAAUGGAUUGCUACCCACAGUCUUGGAAAAUAGCUUCAAAGACGGAUUAAGCCAACUUAUCAAGUAUUUGGUCACCCUAUCGAUCUACUGCUCUCGACCUCUUUGUUGUUUAGUAGCUUGUCGAAGUAUUGCUACGGUUUUCAAUAAAAUGGCUCAAAAUGGUAACCUAGAAGCACAAAUAAAUUACGUUUUCGAUACCUUGCGCGAGAUUUUCAGCCAAAAAUCCGUCACUUUGAAGAAUAACGCGGUCAAUUUAUUAAUCUACGUUACCAAAGCUCUAUUGUUACGUGGUUUCGGCGAUAUACAGAAAUGGUUUGAUAAAUUGAUCGAAUUAAUCGUAGAUGAAGAAAUUGGAAAAAAUAUCGCUCAAGGAUUUCAGCUGAUAUCAUCCGAGGAUGAAUAUUUCCUCAAUAAUUCGUGCCAUUGUACCGUCAAAUUAUUCUACCGUCAACGCAUUUUCUCGUACGUAAUUCCGAAGCUGGCCGAUUUACAUGGGAAAAGUGACGCUUCAGUCAAAAGACGUUACGCUAUCGCAUCGCUGUACUUAUUAGAAGGAGUUCCUCAACCUAUAAUAGAAAAAUAUUUCAAACAGAUCAUACCGUUACUUGUGGAAUUUCUCGAACUAAACGACAGCUCUGAUUUGACUCAAGAAGCCUUAAACAAAUUAUCCGAAGUAAUGAGUAAGAACCCGUCAAUUUUUGAAGAAUAUAUCGAAACUUUCGUCCCCAAAUUGCUGAAUUUAUCUCGUAACGCUCCUGAAAUGGAUGUCAGAAUAGCAGCUCUAGAUUGCCUGUGUAGUUACACGAAGCUGAAUGUGUCGGUUUUGCUACCAUUUAAAUCGAAAGUCUUGCAUCAGCUCAUGUCGUGCCUAGAUGAUAAGAAAAGACUGGUCAGGAAGCAAGCUGUGAAAACAAGGACACGUUGGUUCAUCAUAGGAGUAUCAUGAUAAACUCCACUUGUAAAAUAUGAAUUUCUCCGCUGUUACCGAAAUUCGAAAAUCGUAUACGCUUAUUUACCAUAGUCCAUAGUUAGUUAUAUAAGCUGAUAAAUUACCUACUGUAUUCUUUCUUUCUUUCUUUUUUUUUUUUUUUUUUACAUUUUUCACUGCCGCUGCGAUUACGUUUUUAUUGUUUCGUAAUUUUGUAUCAACGUAAAGGUUUUUCUCAUUUCCCUGUAUACGAUCGAAUUUUCAUUACCAUCCGUUCGCAACUAUAGAAAAUAAUAUGUUCUGGAAUUAUUAUUGAAUUAAUAUUUAUAUUAUUAUUGUAGUACAAAUAAUUGUAUUUUUUCAAUUAUUAAAAGUAAUUUGUGAUUUAUUGAAA